AUGCCCUCGUUUUCACACCUCUCCCAUUUUCUCUUUCUUUUUCUCACACUCGAAGUCGUCGUUCCGUUCUGUUAUCCGAAGAUUCCACUGUUGGAUUUGCAACCUUCGCAGGUUUGUUUUCCGAUUAACACAAAGCAAACUGCAUCUCAGUGAGUUUUCAGUACAAUGGCUCGUGGUUCGUCAUCGCUCGCAAGCCGUCUGCGUCUCGAUACUUUCUGCCGAAAAGUACGAGUUCGAGUAUGAUCAGUCUAAUUUUGAAAGAAGACAAUAGUUCGUUGAAGUUCUCAGAGUAUCAUACUGUGUGAGUAGAUGAAGUGAGUGAGAGAAGAAGUGGAAAGUUACAGGGAGAAGCAAUGCAGUACUCUGAACGGAACAAUGACAAAGCACAAAGGAGGGUACAUGGUGGAAGUGAAUCAGCCGACAGGAAGUGGAUACGUGGAGAAGAGUAAUAUCUGAUGAUCCGAUGAUACGUUUGAUUCCAUUUUUCAGUAUUUCUCCGUCCGAUUUAUCAUGGAUAUUCUGGAGAGCAAAACGAGGAGAUGAACAUCGUCCUGUAUGGAUGUUUAGAUGGAAAUGAUGAUGGUAAAGUCUCUCUGACUCUAAGUGAGUUAAUCGAAAUUAGACCGUUCCAGGAGGUUGUAAGAUCGGCGACGAAUUAGUUUUGAUCAUGAGCAAUUCCCGACAUCCGCAGACUCUUCAACUGUACAAAUCGGCGCAGGUAAUCGAGGAUGACGCGUGCAUUGACAUCCUGCAUUUCACUGCCCUUGACACUUACAGUAGGAACUGAUUCGGUAGAAGUAUUAGAAGGUUCAAUUUCAGCCGAGUGCGGUGAUCAUUUGGUAGAUGAAGAUCAGAAACUGAGACAUGCGAAGAUCGACGAGGACAAUGAGUUCGUGGACGUGGAGUGUCGUGUUGAGAACAUCAGACCGACGAACAAUAACAUCUCCAGAUUCUUCGUAUGUUGUACGUUGAUCUCGACCAUCCGCAUUAGUAUUGUUUUCAGAAAGAGCCACGUGUCCUUACUGUAGUCGCCUACAUCGAUCCGAGUCUUUCUGGGGAACAGAUUGCACAUAUCAGCUGCCGGUACAGUUCGGAAACUUCUGCAGAGUGUGAAUGGAUCAGGUCGGUUUGCUUUAGACAUUUCUCAGGAAUUCAGCUUCCUCCAGACAAGAUACGUGUUUCAAAACCAAUUUGACUCAAACUCUGAGCACCAAUCACAUUCAAAUUUCCUCUUCGAUUCUGAAGAUAAACGGGAGCACCGUUCCCAUUGACUGUAUGCACAUGGAAGCGAAGAUCUUAGAUGAGAGAGAUUGAACGUUCAGGGUCCGGGUUUGUGCUGUGGGAGAACGGCGACGAGUACAUUUCGAUGCAUUGUGGCCUUGUGGACGACGACGGCGGCUGCGAUUCAGUUCGAGUUUACGUGUGGUCGGACGAGGAUCACAUGGAUCAGCCGACCAUCAAUGAGAUCUACCGCGAGCUGCAGAAAGUGUGUGUCGAUCCCACCGACCUCAUCUUCCUCAACACUUUCCGUAACGCAUCUUUUUAGGUUAUAUUUGACAUUGUCAUAUUUCAGACGAGUGCAUAAUCCCCUCUCCAACUCCCAAUCUCCUUCGGUGCCAGUCCCCGAACGGCUGGAGUCCGAUAACCUUGUCGAUGCUCCAGGGAGUCUGGUACAUUGCUGCCGACCUGAACGCCGAUUCAAAGUUGUUCCUGCAAUCGAGCGUUAUCAAUAUGAAACGCGUCCAGAACACGUGAGACGUUAAAACGUUAAAAUAUAACUGCGAGUUCCAAAUCGUAACAGUUCCAUUCCGUACGAGUUCUACUUCGUUGUAGCGCCGAGACACCACUUUGGUAAUGUUUCAAGUUCAACUCAUUCAGUUCUGACUUGGAGCUCACCUACUACGCGCAAAAAGAAAGCGAUGGAAGAUGCAUUGGACCGGGAAACGGGACUGUGAAACUGACGGAUAACGGAGAGCUCCACGUGCACAUCGAGUACACCUACUCAUUCGUUCCCGGGUACAGAAGCUCAGUCAAUUGUGAGAGAAGUUCAGAGUUGCAGUUUUCAAUUUUGUUCAUAAUUUUCCAGUCAAGUACCAAAUCCUGUACCUGGACAACCAGCGCGCUGUCCUCUACUGGUGCUUCCGUCGGGCGCCGAAUGGGACCUGCGUCCAGCACGACGUCACAUUCAUGAUCCGCUCUCGUCAUUUCUCUCACAACGAUCUGUCCAUGAUUCUUCCUUAUCUGGACAAGGUCUGCAUUGCACGGAAAGACCUGAGAUGGUUCGAUUUGCACUGUGAGUUUUUAAAGAAGCGGAAACUUCAACUUUGUUGCAAUGCAGCUCAAUGCGGAACUGAAAUCUCGUCGUCGACAAUUCUUCGGAGAGAUCUGAUCACUCUCACUCACUAUCAAGUAUUAGACAUUCUCACAAAUGUACAAGAGCCAAAGUGUGUGUACAAUGCAAUCAAAGGAGUGAAGGCUGAUUUGGUCUCGGUUAGUCUCACUUCCUUAAUUCCUCCGAAUCUUCUAAGCUCAGCUGGAACGUGCCGGAACCUGGUUUCUGAUGUCUCGAAUGGAUGAGAUGCGGAUGGACACGUAUGCGAUGGUCGGAAGGAUCUUUGCGGUCACCAACUCCACAGCCGUCCUCAGACUGUUCCAAUCAGCGUUAGUAACUAGUGGUAAUCCGUUCGCAAUCUGAUUUUCAGUGCCCUUCCGGGCGAGCCCCGAGAGUGCUUCACGCGAGUUUUCACAAUCCGUCAGAGACAAAACGAGUCGGAUUAUUGGUACGAGUUGCAUUUCGAAUCGACGACCAAGAACUCGACAUUCAGUGAGUCCGCCCGUGUCACUUUGAUUGACACAUUCCGAUCGGAACCGCAUGUUCUUUCCAGUGAUUUUCCGCUUCUUGUUCUACAAUCGUCAAGUCGGAGUCAUCUAUUCGUGUCUGCGAAACAAGCCAGAUGGAAGGUUCGUGCCGCUUAAUCCCUUCUUCUCAACUUUGGUCCACUUUCCACUUCACAGAGCGUUUGGCACCACCGCACACAAAACUAAUUAGGCUAAUUAGGAUAAUAUGAAGUGGUGUGGCGGAAAUGCGGUUGUGGGAAUUGGAGAGAUUGGGCGGGAGCGAGAGACGCAGACGGCAGAAGCUCAUUGCUAUGCUUAUGAGCAAAGUGCAGGAAAGUGCUGGAGAAAGAGAGCGAGUGGAGCCAGAUGAAAUGAAGAAGAUGAAAGCAAUCUGGAAAUGGAGUCGAGAUCUCUAAAGCGAAUUUUGCAGAUGCGAUGAGAAGGCGAUCUACGUGAUAUCCCGCCACGAAUCCAUCGAUCACGCCGAGCUGACGGUGCUCGAGAAGGUGGCUAAGUCGGUGUGCGUGGAGCCGACACUUCUUUACCACGUGGCGGCUCAUGGUAUGACAUUCUUUAUUGAUAUCAUUGAAAGGCACCGAAUCGGAUGGGUUCAGACAGAAAGGUUUAUGAAUACAAAUAAAGAGUGGAAAGAAGGAGGGAAAAGGAUAGGAACGGAGAUCGUUUAUCACGGUUUCGAAGGCACUUUGUGUUGUUUUUUAUUAGAGUUGAGAGAUCCUAUCACCCGUUGUUGGCCCAUUUCAGACGAGUGCAUCUUCGAGCACAGUCGACUGAAACCGCCCGCGUGCAGCUCCAUCGACACGUCCUCGAGCAAUGCGGAAUGGGUGGAAUUGAGCCUGCAACAUAUGGAGGUUAGGUUUUUUCCCUUUUGGAUGGAAAAGAAGGGCGAGCGUCGGCGCGGGGAAGAGAGGCACAAAAAAUAAUUUAGUUGUCAACUUCAGUUUGACAUAUGAGUUCCGUUUGGGGACGGGUCUCUCGAGCACGCCGCCGAGCAGUGUACUUUUUGGCGGCGAAUUUGAAUUUGCAUAGGAAUGAGCUCGCGAACUUCUUUAUGCACAUUUCACCAAAAUGCAUUCUAAGUCGAAUCGAAAACCGACUUAACAAGUGAUCUUUCAGGCAUCCUACGGCCGGGUACUGUACCAGGCGGUGGCCAGUUCGAACGGACGCACUACCGCAUUCGCCCUCCGAUUCGACGGACAGCACUUUCAAAAAAUCACGGAGCAGUACGUGUGACCCCCUGGGCGGCACGCGAUUCUUAGGCACGCAAAGCCCUCGCGCCUCCACAUAAUUCAUUUUUCGAGAGCCCUUUUUGAAGAGCAAAUUAGGUUCUUCUGUGGUCCCGCUGGUUGCGCUCUUCUCCCCGUUUCUGCGUGUUCUCCUCCUCCUCAACCAGCAAAAAAGUUUCUUUUUUCCUCUCAUUUCUCAUUGGAGCAGCACUCACAAAAACUGCAAAUUUAUUCACAAGUCAGUGAAUAGAGGAGGGGACGCGCACCGCUGAGCACACGGAAAAACGGGAGAGGCCGAGAGAGAGAGAGAUUCUAUGAAAUUGGAAACAGAUCUGACACAUCGGACGGCACAUGAAAGCCGCCAAACUCCAUGAUUUUUUAAUCGUCGCAGAUGGCGGGAAGAGGAGAAACACAUGCGAUUUCAUUGCCGCCCGAUGUGUGAGAAAAUAAAGUGGAAAGAAGGAAAACGAUGUAGAAAUGGACUGACCUUCCGAAUGGUUUUUGCAGAUCGUCCGGAUGCCUGUCUUCUCCAGUCACUCAGAUCCGUUUCUCACUUCGCAAUCGCAAUCUGAUAUAUUUUCCUGGCGAAGACGGUCUCAUUGCGCUCAUCCAUCCGGCAGGAAUCCGUUCGGAUCUGCUGCUCCGCGAGGCUCAAAUGUCCGGAGUGCUUCCGUGUUUGGCUCCGAUUGCUGUGAAGGAUAAGAUCAACUGUAGUCAGCUGAUCCCUCCAGCUUGCAAUAUGCCAAAUGAGACAUUGAGCAGUACUGAGCAGGUAUUCCGAGAAAGUAUCGUGGCCCCGGAUAUAGUUGGGUUUCAGUUGAACGGCGAUUGGCUGCUCUACUCCUCGGAUCCGAUGUUCGUUCUGAACUGGAGAUGCACCUUCAAAGACGGCGACGACACGUACUCCCACGCAUUCGAGUGCUUCUCGGAAUCCUGGGUCGGAGAAUGUGAGCGUUCGACGAGGGGAACAGUUCACGUUAACGUCUCCGACUCAACAUUCCGGACUGUUUUCGAGGAGGAAGAGGCUCCAAUCAGAACUCCCGAAUCGGAAUUGUUCACUUUCGGACGGGUUUCGUUCACGGAAGAACGACUCCUUUUGCUCAAAGAGGAUCAUCUGGUGGGCAGGGCGUACUCGUUGUGGCUGAGAAAAACGGACGGCGGAAUGACGGAAAAAGUGAAACAGGACGUCGAGUCGUUCUGCGUUUGGCCCGUUGAGUCGCAGAUCAGACAGACGGCCAUGCUCUGCUAG